GAUCUGGAGCUUCUCACAGAGAGAGAGAGAGAGAGGAGAGGAGGGAGGGAUGAAAUGUGAUUCUCCGAGACUGAAACUGGCAAUAGCGAUUGCACUAAUCCGAUCGAAAUUCCUGGAAAAGCCUUCUUCUUCUCAUUCUCCUUCCAAAUCCGACGCUCUUCGCUGGAAGAGAUUGGCGAAGAAACGGAAACGAGAGCUUCUCACCCUCAAAAGACAGCUCAACCAACUCCAAGAUGAAAUGCAAUACGAUCUGUUUCCGCAGAGCGCUUCUUGUAAGUGUUACUUCUUCGAUCGAUGUGGGAAGCUGAGCAGUUCCACAGACGUCGAUGACCGUCGGAUCAAUGAUGUCUUGAGGCGGAGGUUUCUCAGGCUAGUACGGUGGACGGAAAAGAAGAAAGGAUUAGAUAAUUCUGUUCGACCGAGACAUGCUAUAGAGUUAAAUGGUAAUGAUGAGAUAGAGCUGCUGAGUACUUCUGUUGAUUUUUUGGUGGAGCUUUCUAGCGCUGAUUCUCCUGUAGAGAACAACCCUUCUUUUGCUGCAUCAUCGCACCAAGCUAUAGACCUCAUUUUAGCUUCUUUGAAGAAUUUGCUGUCAAGGAAAAAAGAGAGUGAACUCAUUGAAGGGAUUGUCGGCAGCUUGAUAAUGCGUUUGGUUAGAAGAAUGUGCCCCCCCUUGGAAAGAGAGGGUUCAACAAGUUUUGGUUCCAAUGUUCAAUUAUAUGUUCAGCACUUAAUUCGUCAGCUGGGAAGUGAGCCAUACAUUGGUCAAAGGACAAUGCUUUUAGUUUCCCAAAGAAUCUCUGUACUUGCGGACAGCUUGCUUUUCAUGGAUCCCUUUGAUGAUGCUUUCCCUGAUAUGCACCGCUCCAUGUUUAUGAUGAUUCAGCUUAUUGAGUUUUUGCUAUCAGACUAUUUGCAAACUUGGGCAAUUGGCGAAGGUUUUGAAAGCAGACUGUUUGAAGACUGGGUGAGAUCUGUUAUACAGGCACAGAAGGCAUUGAACCUCUUGGAAAACAGGAACGGGCUUUACAUACUGUACAUGGAUCGAGUGAUUGGGGAGUUGGUGAAACAGCUGGGGCCCAUUUCUCAGAGCGGGACGCUUGACAUGGACAUCCUUGAGAAUCUGUUUACUGAUACUUGAGCACUUCAAAAACUGUUAGGCGUUGCUUGAAAUGUGUUCCUUCUUUUCUCUGUAAAUCUUCAGUUGAAGCACUACCAGCAGUUUAGGAUGUCUGGAUGACUCCUAUUUUACAUUUUUCAUUAAAUCUACAGGGGAUGUGCAUUUGGUCGA